GGCCGCUCAGCCACAAUAUAAUCAAUCACAUUUUCUUGUUCUGUAACCAAACUCCCUCCCCCCCGGCAUUACUUUCGUUCUUUUCUCCUCAUCUGCAGACCAUCAAUCGUCCAGUAUAAUGGAAGAAUCUCACCUCCGUCAGAGCAUGUCUCAUCAUCCGUCCCCGUUUAACUCUCACCAGGCUCCUCACUCGCAUAUCCCAUCCACUCUCUCCUACAAUGAAGCAACCACCACCGCUCUAGAACCGCAAACGUCCCAACACCGCACCGGCAACGCCAGUGAUGAAGAGGGCCAACCACCACCACGAUAUACACGCGAGAAUGAUCCCUUCCAGCUCGCAUCGAAGAUCAAGACCGAUGAAGAAAUCCGACAAAUUCACCCGCAAGCCAACACGGCCCGUAAACGCGACAGCUGCAUCCGCGCAUCCAAGAACCCAAAGAAGGCCUUGAACACCGCCAUCUCGUCCAGACAGCUACAAGGCUUCUACCACUCGCAGAACGAGAACAUCGAGCGCAUGCUGAAACCCGUCGAAGAGCACGUCCGCGACGCCCGUGAAAUCAGCGCCAACAACCAACUCAAAUACAAAAUCGCCGUAUACGGCAGCUUCGCCGCGAACAUCAUCCUCUCCAUCCUACAACUCUACGGUGCCAUCGCGUCAGGCUCUCUCUCUCUCUUCACAACAAUGGCCGAUGCCGUCUUCGACCCCAUGUCCAACCUCACCCUGCUCCUCUGCAACAAGGCCGUCAACCGUGUCGACCCCCGCAAGUUCCCCGCCGGCAAAGCCCGCAUCGAAACAGCCGGCAACAUCUGCUUCUGCUUCCUCAUGACGGCCGUCUCGUUUAUCAUUAUCGCCUUCUCCAUCCGUGAAUUGGUCGAGGGCUCCGAGUCUGAAACUGGUGAUUUCCAUCUGCCCUCCGUCAUCGCUGUUAUCGUCGCCUUCUGCACCAAGUUCGCCCUCUUUGUCUACUGCUUCGCGUUGCGCCACCAGGUCUCCCAGAUCCGCAUCCUCUGGGAAGAUCACCGAAAUGAUCUCUUCAUUAACGGAUUCGGUAUCCUGACCUCGGUCGGUGGAAGUAAGCUGCGCUGGUGGAUUGAUCCCAUGGGUGCUAUUAUUCUUUCCGUCCUAGUCAGCUGUCUUUGGCUUUAUACUGCCUAUCACGAGUUCCAACUUCUGAUCGGCGUCACUGCUGAUACUAAAAUGCAGCAAUUGAUUACUUAUAUCUCAAUGACGCACUCACCUUUCAUCACUGCCAUUGAUACCGUCCGCGCCUACACCUCUGGACCCCGGUUGCUCGUCGAAGUCGACAUUGUCAUGGACCCCAAUGAUUCUCUCCGCGCGACUCAUGACGUUGCCGAGGAACUGCAGAUGAAGCUGGAGUCCCUGCCUGAUGUGGAGAGGGCGUAUGUGCAUGUCGAUUAUGAGACGACGCAUAAGCCGGAGCAUUUCCUAAAGAAGGAAUUGUAGGUUCGUUGUCUUGUUGUUUGUAAGGGAGGAUAUUGUCGUUCAGUUUAUGUGCUAUGUAUAGCGGUUUUGUGUAUUACAUGCAUGUCUGCAUGAAAUUUAUCGGUGGAUACAGUCAUUUAUAAUACGGGCAGAGUUCCUUACUUGAUUAUGAAGUAAUUAAUGUGAUAUCCUCUCAGGACAUAUUUCGGGUUAACAUAGAACCAAAACUCUAAUUAACGAUUGAACAAAGAAGUGGU